AUGCCGAAAAAGUUCAGCUUGCCCAACAUGAAGAUAUUUGAUGGAACGUCUGAUCCCGGUGAUCAUAUCACUCAAUACAGGCAGAGAAUGUUCACCGUUGCCAUCCCAUGCUACAUGAGGGAAGCAUGCAUGUGUAAGGGGUUUUGUUCUAGCUUGGUUGGAUCAGCCCUCCAGUGGUAUACUAAUUUACCUAAUAAUUUUAUUUCUACUUUUACACAAUUGACUGACACAUUUGUUGAGCAGUUUGCUAGUAGCAGGAAACUUGAAAAGUCUAUGGAAGACCUCUACAUCAUAGUUCAACUAUGGGAUGAGCCCUUACGAGAGUACAUAGGCCGCUUCAACAAAGAGAAGGUGUCUAUAACCCAUUGUAAUCAAGACACAGCCAUCUCAUCCUUCUGCAAAGGACUCCGCUACGAUUCAGACCUAUACAAAGAACUUACCAAGUAUCCUUGCAAGACGAUGGAAGACGUUCUUGCCAAAGCCUGGGCACAGAUCAAAUGGGAGGAGGGUGAAGCUAACUAUUAUCACUCUUCUCCAAGGAAAGACUCUCAAAGAGACUCAAGGGUAGACACACGACAGAGUAACAGACGAUCCAAGCCAUACCCAUAUCCUAGUAGAUCAGAGAACAGGAGGAGGGAGUACAAUCGGUCGUCUGAGACACAUCUCCAAGAUGGAACAAAGAUACCAGAAUACAAUAUUUCAAUCUCACUAGCCGAAGUUGUUGGCGUACUAAAGGACUCAGAGACAAAGUGA